AUGGGUAUUAAAAUUAUCGGAUUCGCUCUCUCCCCCACUACUCUUAGAGUAACUCUCACUCUCGAAGAAUUGGGUCUAGAAUAUGAAUUAGAACCAGUUACUAGCGUAGAUGAAAUUAAAACACCUGAAUAUCUUACCACAAAAAAUCCAUUGGGGAAAGUCCCAGUAAUGAUUGAUGACGGUUUUACACUUUACGAAUCGCGUGCAAUCUGUCGUUAUCUCGUAAACAAAUACCAAGGAACCAAGAAUUCUAAAAUUUUGGUUCCAAAGGAUAUACAAAAGGCCGCUUUGGUUGAACAAUACUUAUCGGUUGAAAGUUUAUAUUUUGAUUUACCAUCAACCGCCAUUAAUUUUGACGAAAUUGUUGCUGUACAGUAUAUGCAUCGAGAAGCUGAUGCUGAAAAG